AUGCCGAAUACACGAAGUUCUAAUCAUUAUAUUGUCAUUUCUAAUGGACUAAGUGAAGAAGAAACGGACACAUCCGAGUUAGAAGAUGACAUUGGUGCUGUUCAACAUAUUUUACACGAUAAAUUAACAAUCAACGAAGACAAUUCAUCUAGUGAAGGAAGUGAUGUUGAAGAAAUGGAAUCUAUUACACUUAUGACAAAUCAAUCAAAUUUAUAUUCUACACAGAUGAAUCCAAAUAAACCACUUUGUGUUUCUGAAAACGAAAUGAAUCGUUUUAUAGGUAUAUUAUUAAUGACUGGUGUCUAUUCAUUUCCACAACAGCGUUAUUUUUGGAUGAAUACUACUCGUGUUGAAUCUAUAACCUCAGCUAUGAGUAGAGAUCGAUUUUUACAAAUCAAAAGAAAUAUUCAUGUUUUUGAUAAUACAAAUCAAUUAGAUAGCAAUGAUCCGAAUUUUGAUCGCGCGUACAAAGUUCUACCAUUAUUAAAUAUUGUUAAAGAAAAUUCACGCAAAAUUCCAAAAGAGGAAAAAUUAAGUGCAGAUGAACAAAUUAUACUUUUCAAAGGACGAAGCAUCAUGAAGCAACACAUGCCAAAAAAACCACUCCGUUGGGGUUAUAAAAUGUUUAUAUUAGCUGGUAAUGGUAGUGGAUUAUGUUACGAUUUUAUCUUUUAUACAGGUAAAGAAGGUAAGUCUGUACAUGGACUUUGUACACAGAUUGUUCUUGAUCUUUGUGAAACAGUACCAAGAUCGAUAAAUCAUAAGCUUUUUUGUGAUAAUUUUUACACUACAAUCAGAUUACAAGUGGAGUUGCACAAGCUUGAUAUUUAUGCUGUUGGUACGGUACGACCAAAUCGAUUACCUGGUUUAAUUAUGAAAAACGAAAAGGAUUUAUCACGUGAGGGACGUGGUGCUAUGGACCAUCGUGUUGCAGAAGUUGAUGGCGUUCAAAUUUGUGCAGUGAAAUUGUACGAUAAUAAUAUCGUUAACUGCCUAUCAACAUUACAUGCUUGUCAUCCAGUCGAUUUUGUUCAAAGAUGGUCAAACAAAGAAAAAAAAACAUAUAUUAGUAAAAAGACCAAAUAUUAUAAAAGCUUAUAA